AUUUAAAAUCAUAUGAAACCGUUCCAUCUAUUUUGUUUAGAAACUCAACCGGUGUCCAUGUCCGAAGAAAACUCCUAUAUUUACACAUAUCCCUAAUUUGGCCGGUUGUAGUUUAAUCGAAUUUGGCGCGGAUGUGAAACCAAGUAAAAGGACGGCCAUGGAUAUGCACGCUUACACAGUACAGACAGAGAUAUAGCAAAACGAAGUCAUACUUCUACUGCGACUACUCUUCACAGUUCACACACGAACACAAGAGAAAGUGGGAGGAAGCUAGUUUAAAUAAGUAUCCAAAUAGCUUAUUUAAUCAGCUAGCUAGCAAGCAAAUUACAGAAACUGGAAGAAGCUAGCUUAAUUAGUUGAGAAUGGGGGGUAGAUUAGUAUUGUUAGGGUCGUCCACUGAAGCCGCGGCAAUAGCACUGGGGAUGAGCUGCUUGCUGGUGGUGGCGAUGAGUGGGGCUGCUGCCAGUAAAUGCUUUGAUGCGGAGAGGGAAGUGCUCCUCAAGUUCAAGAACAGCGUUCUUGACGAGGAGGGCAAUCUCAGCUCCUGGGGAAACAGCAGUGAUGAAGAUUGCUGCCGCGACUGGUACGGGGUUGGGUGCGAUGACGCUACUGGCCAUGUCAUCGACAUCGAUCUUUCUAAUAUGUAUCUGUCCGCCAAAGAUGGUGGGAAGUAUGGCACCAGCCUUCCAUUCUUUGAGCUCCGCUAUUUGAAGUAUUUGGAUCUUAACGAUAAUCGCCACUUGCUGGCAAACCAGAGCAUCUCAUCAUUGAUUGGGAACAACUAUAACGGUAGUAGUAUGGUUUCCCUUGAGCAGCUGGGUCUUCGUGGCACCGGAAUUGUUGGCAGCAUUCCUGAGAAUUUCGGAAACAUCAUGCCCGCCCUUACUGACCUUGAUCUCUGCGAUAAUGGUUUACAAGGUUUCAUUCCUGAAAGUCUUGCAAACGGCAUGCCCGCCCUUACUUUCCUUUCUCUGUGUGCGAAUAAUUUAGAAGGCAACAUUCCUGAAAAUUUUGGAAACGGCAUGCCUGCCCUUACAUUCCUUGAUCUCGGCUUUAAUGAAUUACAUGGCUCCAUUCCUGAAAACUUUGGAAAGAACCUGCGUGCCCUCACACAUCUCGACCUGGGAGAAAAUCAGUUGGAAGGUCAUAUUCCUGAAGCUAUAGGAAAUAUGUCUGUCCUUGAAUACCUUGAUCUUCGCGGGAAUAGACUUGAAGGAGAAAUCCCCAAAUCCUUGUGGAACAUAUGCAGUUUGCGAUCCCUGGCGUUGAAUUCCAACCGUCUUAAUGGAAGCCUAUUCAUAACCACAAUAUGCCCAUAUCACCCUCUGGGGGGCUUAUCCUUACACGGCAACCCAUUCACAGGGCUCUUUCCCAAUAUUACGACUUUCCCCUCUUUGGGCUCGUUAUUUUUUUCGAAUACCCUCAUAGAUGGGGUCAUUUCUGAACAUCACUUUGCUAAUCUGUCUAACCUAUCAUACCUGGACCUAUCUUCAAACACUUUCACUUUUAACGUCUCCUCUACUUGGCUUCCUCUCAACUUGGAACAGAUACACCUUAGCUCUUGCAGGUUGGGACCCGAGUUUCCGACUUGGCUUAGAACUCAAACCAAUUGUAAGGUGCUUGACAUUUCCAAUAACGCCAUCUCAGAUUCAAUCCCCACCUGGUUUUGGAAUACAUUUACUCACUUUAUGAAUAUUAAUGUUUCUAACAAUCGAAUCAAGGGAAUAAUUGGAAUUGGUGCUCAAGCUUCACUCCUAGGUGGUAGGAUAGAUAUGCAUUCCAAUCAAUUAGAAGGUGUCAUUCCACCCACUUUCUUCAAUGUGGGAGCACUGCACCUUUCUGGGAAUAAGUUCACUGAUCUCAACUACCUAUGUGACCUCAAGGUAUUUUCUCCUUUGCGGCUUCUGGAUAUCUCAUUCAAUAACCUUUCCGGAACACUUCCAAAUUGCUGGUCAAGAUUCCCUCGCCUGCAAGUUCUGAACCUGGGAAAAAAUCACAAUCUGUCAGGGACUCUUCCAACUUCCAUUGGAUCAUUGACUUCCCUGGAGGCAUUGCAUCUUGACCAUAACAAAUUUACAGGCGCUCUACCUUCAUCCAUGAAAAACUGCUCCCGCUUGAUAUCUUUGCAUCUGGGACACAACAACUUGUUUGGACCAAUACCAGAUUGGGUGGGUGAAAGUAUAACACAACUUUCGAUACUUGUGCUAAGAUCCAACAACUUCAAUGCAAGUGUACCCACCACUCGGUGUCGUCUCCAAUCUCUUCAGCUGUUAGACUUGUCCCUGAACCACCUCUCAGGGACUAUUCCCAAGUGUCUGUCUAAUCUCACUCAAAUGAUGAAUGUAACAAAAGGCAUUCCCACCAUUUCUUAUGAGUUAUCAUUCACUCUCACCAUUUUCAAUCAAACAUGGUACAAAGACACUAUAGAAGAUGACAAAAUAGAGAUUACAUGGAAAGGUGCUGUCUUUGAAUUUGGAAGUAGAUUAAGAGACGUAAAGAGCAUUGAUCUAUCAUCCAACAUGUUGAGUGGUGAAAUUCCAACUGAAAUCACAUUACUUGUUGCGUUGGUUUCUUUGAACUUGUCACAUAACAAUCUAAGGGGACAGAUUCCUCCCAGGAUUGGUAACUUGUCACAAUUGGAAUUUCUUGAUUUGUCUAGUAACCAUUUGUCUGGUAGCAUUCCUCAAAGCCUUGCCCUGAUUCACGGCAUAGGGGUUCUCAAUUUGUCUGACAAUUACUUAUCUUGAAGAAUUCCCAAAGGCACACAACUUCAGAGCUUUGAUGCAGCAUACAUGGGGAAUCCCGCACUAUGUGGAGAUCCACUCCCUAACAGCUGUUCAGGAGAAGAAUCAACUCAUAAUUCUCAUCAAUUCAGUGAAGAAGGGGCUUUUAAUAGAGAAGAAGAGGAUAAGCUUAUUGGCGGUGAUUUUUAUGCAAGCAUAGGGGUCGGCUAUGCGGUUGGAUUCUUGGGAGUUCUUGGGACAAUGCUAUUCAACAAGUCCUGUAGGUUUGCAUUUUUCAAAGUCCUUGAAAACUUUACUAUAUGGACUUAUGUUGUGGUUGCAGUGCACAAGGCUAGGUUCCUGAGAUCACUUGGUGGUUAAGAGGCCAUUGUAAAUACCCUCCCUCCAUAUUUAAAAGCUGAUAAGGGUUUACAAAUUAAGAUAGUUACCGGUUGUGGAAGAGUUUGGAAUUACACGGGCCAAAGAAAUUGGAGUAGUAAGACAGCUCAUGAUGCAGCAAGUUUGAUUGAGGAGGUGGAUCUCAUAUAAUCAUAUAUAUAGAUAAAAUAAAGUUUAAUUUUCAUUUCCAUUUUCUUAUCUAGGUGUAUUAAAGACAUAAUCUCCACGAGUCUUAUUGGCUGCUUAUGGUAAUCUUAAUCUGUUAAAUUAAGAAUAGUGGAAUAGUAUAUACUCCUUAAAUAUUCUGAUUACUUUACUUUGUGAAGUACUAAUGUGUA